GAGUCCGCGCGGCAGGGGGUCGCGCUCGCGGUGGUGAUGCUGCUGCUGCUGGGCUGGUGAAGCCGUACGGUAGCCAGCCAGCUAGUCAGUCACCGGAGCUCCGUAUGCAAUUGUCCCAUUUGUGGAGUUUGUCACCGACGUUAGCCGGUGUUGUGUAGCCCGUAGCGGCUUCACGGAACACGAGAUGCGGUUGGUAGUUGGUGUUCACGCGCAAUGAGCUGCAGUGCCCGCAGAGGACCGCGAGGAACGUCAGUUAUGCUACCACCGGCGGUUAGUUAGUUAGCUCGCUCGCUAGCUAACGUUUAGGAUUUAUUUUUUUAUUUUUUUACAGAUAAUGUUAUAACCACUUAAGUCGUCAUGUUAGCCAUAUCCUCCAGUGUGGAUGCUUUGGUUUGUUGCGGCCAUACUUCCCCCCUCGGGGCAGAAAUAACCGACGGUUAGCGCCUCCAACAACAUGACUCACACACCGUUGAGUGAGCUAAUGCUAACGUUAGCUUAGCGGGUUGCUUGAGGGUAGCCGUGUCUCAGUCCACGCAGCGCGGGCUGCUGCUGAAGGCGAUGUCCGAUGUCCGAUGGAGCUGAAGUGUUGCUCGGCUUGCCAAAGAUGACGGGCCGCCUCAGCCGGGUUUUCGUGCCUCUUCUGUCAGCAGGAAGCGGAGGAACAUGGAAGCCGAGGAAGAAGAGUGGAACAAAGAGCUGAGUGCACACAAACUGCUGGAUAAAAAGGUGCUCUGCAAGCAGAAUGGAGGGAUCGGUAUAGUGAGAACUCUUCACAGCCUGUUGAAAACCCAGAACACACUGCAGAUUCAGUCCAUCGCCCGCUCAGAAUGUGCUGGCUCCUGUCCAAAUCUGAUGAUGAGUAGGAGCGAGCACGCCGAUGCGAGGCCCGUCCCCGUGGCCCUCACCCCCCAGCUGCCCCCCAGAGCUCACCGGCCCCUCUGCAUGUCGAUCUCCUCCGACAGCAGCGGGCGCUUCAAGGCUCUGGAGACGCAGGAGUGGAAGAACAACCUCAAAGCUCAGAUGGAGCAGGCCCACAGCGCGGGAGCGGCCAGCAGCACGGGAUCUCUGGAGCGAGCGUCUCUGUUCUGCGCGUCCAGCUCCGGCCUGUCCAGCCCGGUGGAGCUCCUCAACAAGAGCCGGUCCUCCAGCCGCUUCUCUCUCUUCUCUCCGCCCUGGAACAGCAGCUCGGAGUCCGAAUCCAACCCUCCGUCCCGCUCGGGCUCCAAGAAGCUGCGCAACUACAGCAGAAGAGCCGCCACGGGGCCGGCCGGCGCCAGGGGGCCCGACGCGCCCGACACGCCCAAACCCAGCGGCGCCGAACACUUCCGGUACUCCGAGCCCGUCAUCUCCAAAGUGACGGACUACAUCUACGUGGGCAACCUGAACGCGGCGUACAACGGGCGCACCCUGUGCCGCAACAACAUCGACAGCAUCAUCGACAUGAGCAGCGUGCCGGGGGAACCGGGCCCCAGCCUCAACCUCAUACCGUGCACCUGCUCGCGGGGCGCACGCCACAGCUGGUCCCGCCUCAAGGUGGACAUCGGAGACGUGCCGGACGCGCUGGGCGACGGGCCGGCCCUGAAGCAGCGCUGCUUCGAGGACGUCAACGAGUGCAUCGACGCCUCGACCGAGAAGAGGAAGCGCGUCCUGGUCCACUGUCGGGACGGCUUCUCUCUGGCGCCGACGUGCAUCAUCCAGUACCUGAUGGUGAAGCAGAACAUGAGGCUGAUCGCCGCCUACGAGACCCUGAGGGCCAAGUACCCGGUCAACAUCAGGGACUGCCACCAGAACGCGCUGGUGAGCCUGGAGAGAGCGCUGAGGCCUGGAGGCAACGUUGACCCCGAGUGCUUCAAACAGGCCAUCUCGCGCAAAGUGGCGUGGACCUGACUCGGGUUUCCCAACGUGCUCGGCUGCUGCUUAAGACUCUCUUUAUGGAGAGGCGAAGUCCCUCUCCCCCUUCCAGUGGACCCCCACGGGACCUUAAUCACAAAAAAAUAUGUACAAUACUGAACGGGGAGAGGCAAAUUAUUAUUUGAUCCCGUUUUGAAUUAAGCCCUGAAUUACACAUGUGGUGUUGGUCAGUUUGAAAGAUAAUUUAGCAAGUGAAAGAAGUCUCUGUUUGUCUUGGUGCCACUUCACCAACUGCUCCUUGAACUAAAUAGUGAAAUAAUUAGUGGUGUUAGAGAGCAGUCCCCACCCCCCCCCCCCAAAUGCGCUUUGAGUGUCUAUGAUAAAGCGCUAUAUAAAUGUAAUUAAAUAAAUCAUAAAAUAAAUCUCUCGUCUGGCACAAUAUACGUCACCUUGCUCGCUAGCACCCUAGCUUAGCUCUAUUCCACAAAACGCGUAACGUUAUUGUUACGAUAAUUAUGUAUCGAAAGAAUAGACCGAAACGCUAAAGUUCUUCUCAACGUUCAUUUUUUACUCGCGCAAGCAAGACGUUCGUUACAGCACUCGGCAAAGUACAGACAUGACUAGGGCUGUGCUCGAUUGAAGAAAUCCUGAGUCGACUAACACUCAUUCAGUCGUAUCGACUAAUCGAUUAGUCGAUUUAAUCGACUAA